UUUUUUAUUAGCAUUUGUUUUGGUCUUAUCAAAUGGUGCAGACAUGCUGAUGCAGUGAUUAAAUCAUAGACAUAAAAAUGGAUGACUUUCAGUGUCAUUUCUUCGUAGGUUCCCCUGGUGGACCUACAGUAGAAGCUUGCCAUGUGUGCCCUCCAGGUCACUACUGUGAUCGCAGAGGCAGUUCUGUGCCCAGUGGCCAGUGUGCAGAGGGACACUACUGUCCUGGAGGACAGAUCACUGAGAGGCCGCAGCAGCAUCAGUGCUCAGAGGGACACUUCUGUGAGAAGGGAAGUGUCAGGCAAACAGCCUGCCUUCCAGGACACCACCAGCCCAGACGGGGCCAGAGCAGCUGUGAGACAUGUCCUUCUGGAUCCUACUGUUCCAAUCAAGGAAUGACGACUCCAGUUCUCUGUGAGAGAGGGUUCUAUUGUCCCAGAGGAUCAGAGAAACAGCGCCCGUGUCCGACGGGGACCUACGGAAACAUGACAGGACUGAGUGAGGAAUGGGAGUGUUUACCUUGUGACCCUGGCACGUACUGUAAAGGAACAGCGAGGACCACCCCCAGUGGGCCGUGUGCUGCAGGUUUUGUGUGUGUUGGCAGAGCCUCAGAAUCUUCUCCAUCAGAUAAUGUAACUGGAUUUCCAUGCCCCCCCGGCUUCUACUGCUCUGUUGGGAGCUCUGUGCCAAAACCGUGUCCAAAAGGAACGUUCAGCGAGCACAGUGGGCUGGUGGAUGAGUCACAGUGCCGCCUCUGCAGCCCAGGCUCCUAUUGUUCAGAAACUGGUCUCUCUGCAGCCUCUGGACCCUGUCUCCCUGGUAUGGAAUGAAGAAUGCAGUCACCUGUGUUUUACUGUGAUAUAUUAUUUAUCGUUUUAUGAACGAGUAGGUUAUACAAGGAAUUUUGAUCAAUUGUGGCUCUCUAGGUUUUUACUGUCUGGAGGGAUCCCACACUGCAACUCCAUUAUGGAGUGUGUCUGGAAGUGUUUGUCCAGCAGGCCACUAUUGUGCAGAUGGCAGCAGUGUGCCCACUCCCUGUCCAGCUGGCUCUUACCGAAAUGAGACAGGAGGAAAAAGCAAAGACGACUGCAAGCUAUGCCCUCCUGGUACACAAGAUGUUACACUUCAUGCUGCAGAAGCCCUGAGUUUCUACAAUUAUGUUUCACUCCUUAAACACUUUUUCAGGCAGGUUCCAGGAUUUAUCUGGUCAGAAAGAAUGUAGUCCUUGUCCACCUGGGUUUCACUGUCCCAGACCCACCAGGGGGAGCUAUGCUGGGGUCUCUGUCCCUCUGCUCUGCCCUGCUGGUUACGUCUGUCCUGGGGAAAACCCUGGCUCUCGGCCACUUCCCUGUCCUAGAGGUACCUACAGCUCUAAGCAGGGUCUCAUCAACAUAGGUGAAUGUCUGGUUUGUCCUGCCACUCAGUUCUGCGGGUCGGAAGGCUUGGUUGAGCCGUCUGGGCCAUGUGUGUCUGGGUACAUUUGUCUGAUGGGAGCCACAUUGUCGAACCCAACUGAUAACACCACAGGUUAUCCCUGUCCACCUGGGAUUUUCUGUCAAGAUGGAGAUGAAACCGGUAGAUCUUUUUUUAAACUGCAUGCAUUACUUUAAUAUUUGAAUUAUUAUUAAUUUCCAAGGGCCACAUAGUGGAUAUGUGGUUAGUGGUCUUGCCCUACAGUAAUAUAGUCACAAGUUUGAGUGCCUAUGCUAAUUGAUGGUCUUUCUGUAUGAGCUUGUCUGUUCUUCCUGUGUUUCACUCUAAAUUGACCAUACAGUGAGUGUGAAUCACUGUGUAAGGUGUAACCCCCUGUAAUGACUCAUCUUGAUAAAGAUGAAGCAGUAGAAAAAGGGCGGAUGAGUAAUUGUCAUCCAUUUUCUUCUCCAGGUGAUUGCUGGCCAGGGUUUUAUUGUGGCUGGGGCUCCAGCAGACCUGAUCAGACUGUGUGUCCAGCUGGUUUCUUUUGCCCCAGUCGAACACCACAUCCUGUGCCCUGCCCUGCAGGAACAUUCAGCUCCAAGGAAGGAAAUACCCACCAAGACAACUGCACUGUUUGCAGCCCAGGAUCAUACUGUCAAGGUACAGCACGUGAAUAAUUUUAGAGUUAUUCUCAGCAAGACCAUUAGAAACAAUUUUAGUAACAUUUAUUUACCCACGGUGGCCACAAGAAAAUCACAUCCAUCAGAAAGUUGUGUUUAAAUGUCUGUAUUCGUUUGCUCACAGAUAACCGCAAAUCAGCAGUGAAAUUUCAGCUGUUAUAGUCAAUAUUUUUUUUCAACAAGCCAAGCAAUGCAGUCUGGUCCUUCAUUACUUAAUCUUCUGGCCACUAACAUUAUCCUAAACUUUAGGUGGAUUACUGCCAUCUGCAGGACUGGGGUUUACAUAUUGCAAGAAACCAGGGAUUUGAGUAAGAACAGUAACUGCAGAUAUUUGUUUAUCUGCUUGAGGGAGUGAAUUAGUGACACGCUGUUGAUUAAAUCUAUCAUCACUGUGUUGUUUUCUUCUUUUGGUUGGCUCAGAUGAAGGCACAGUACAGCCUGCAGACUGCCCUCGUGGAUACUACUGUCCUCCGGGACUGAUUCUAGGACUGGAGUUUCCUUGUCCUCCUGGUACAGUCCAGAGACAUUUCAGAGCAUCCACUCCUGAUGCCUGUGUGCCAUGUCCUGCAGGGAUGUUCUGCUCUGAGCCGGGUCUGUCCCAGCCCACAGGACUCUGUGACCCUGGAUACUAUUGUCCUGCUGGAUCAAGUAGCUCAAACUCAGAGAGUCAGGGAAAUUCUACAGGAACCCAAAUCUGCCCUCCUGGGCACUUCUGCCCCUCUGGAACUGGCUAUCCACUCCCUUGCCCCCCUGGCUCUCUGUCCAUAUCCGCAGGCCUGCAGGAUGUUGCACAAUGCCCUCCCUGUCCCCCUGGACUGUUUUGUGACAAACCUGGAUUGUCGGUCUUCUCCGAUGCUCUCCCAUGUCAUGCAGGGUACGUGUGUCUGGGUGGCAGCUCCACUCCCACCCCAGCUGAUGGAUUUCAUGGCUACCCUUGCCCUGCAGGCUACAGGUGUCCUGUUGGCUCUGGCAACGAAGUACCAUGUGAGUCUGGCACUUAUAGUGCAGCCCCUGGAGCAGCCCACUGUACAACAUGCCCCCCAGGGACAAUGUGUCCCUCCUCAGCCACUCAACAGGCCCUCAUCUGUCCAACUGGCCACUAUUGCCCUGAUGGAACAGGCCGUCCUUUUUCAUGCCCUCCUGGGACCUUCACUAACCAGACAGGAGCACAGUCUCUUCUAGAAUGCAACCCCUGUCCUCCUGGAAUGUACUGUAGCUUAUAUGGAGCAUCACUUCCUCAAGGUGAUGAAAUGGUAUCUGUUACAUUGGCAGUUGCUGUUGGACACGACAGGAAACACACUCUGGAUUUAAUGUCAAUAAAUAAACUCUCAACUGUUACAUUUCAUUUGUGCUGAAAGU